AUGGCGUCCGCGCGGCCGCUGCUCUGUCUGCUCGCGGUCGCGCUCCUGGCGAGAGCCCGAGGUGAGGCGCCGGCCCCGGGCGCGGACCACAAGGGCCCCUCGCUCGCCUCGGGGUGCGGGGCGCCGGGGUCCCCGAGCCCCGGGACCGUCGGGGCGCCAUGGCGCCGACCCCGUCCGACGCGGGGCGCUGAGCCACGGCCGCACCGCAGAGCGGCGGCGCUGGCGAUGGGCGCGCCGCCGGGGAAACUGAGGCUACCUCCGGCCCCCACCUCCGACGCCGGGCGAGGGGCCCAGGGCUGCGCCGCGCCCACCGAGGGGCCCGCGGCAGCGGCGCGGGUGGCGGCCCAGCCCUCGCCCAUCCCGGAGGGCUGGGAAGACGCCAGCGAGUGGACGUCCUGGUUCAACGUGGACCACCCGGGGGGGGACGGCGACUUCGAGAGCCUGGCCGCCAUCCGCUUCUACUACGGGCCGGCGCGCGUGUGCCCGCGGCCGCUGGCGCUGGAGGCGCGCACCACCGACUGGGCGCUGCCGGCCGCCGUCGGCGAGCGCGUGCACGCGAGCCCCGCGCGCGGCUUCUGGUGCCUCAACCGCGAGCAGCCGCGCGGCCGCCGCUGCUCCAACUACCACGUGCGCUUCCGUUGCCCGCUCGAGCCUGAGUGGGGCGCGUGGGGCGCGUGGGGUCCCUGCUCCGGGAGCUGCGGGCUGGGCCGCCGCCUGCGCAGCCGCAGCUGCCCGGCCCCGGCGGGGGAAGCCUGUCCCGGGCCAGCCCAGGAGGCGCACAAGUGCGCGCUGCCGCCGUGCCCAGGCUGCAGCCCCGACGCCUGCGGGUGCCCCGACCACGUCCUCCUCGGCUCUGUGGUCUCCGCCGCCGGGCGACCCCUGCCCGGAGCCAGGGUCUCCCUGGGAGCCGGGCCGGGCGCCGUGGCCACCAGCGACGCGCGGGGGACCUUCCGGGUGCCUGGCGUCUGCGCGGGCGGCCGGGCCAACGUCAGCGCCCAGCUGGACGGCUUCUCCGCCGGCCGGGCCCGGGCCGCGGCCAACGGCUCCGCCUCGGCCGUGGUCACCAUCGUCCUGGAGAAGCUGGGGAAGCCCUACCUGGUGAAGCACCCCGAGUCCCAGGUCCGCGAGGCCGGACAGAACGUCACCUUCUGCUGCAAAGCCUCGGGGUCCCCGACGCCCAGCAAAUACUGGUGGUUCCACAACGGGACGCUGCUGGACCGGCGCCAGCUCGGGUACGGGGCGCGUCUGGAGCUGCGCGGGCUGCGCGCGGACCAGGCCGGCGGCUACCACUGCAAGGCGUGGAGCGAGGCGGGCGCCGUGCGCUCCCGCAGCGCCCAGCUCGCCGUGCUGGCUCCCGGCCAGCCGGCCUGCGACCCCCAGCCCCUUGAGCACCUGAUCCGGCUCCCCGACGGCUGCGGCGAGCCCGGCGGCGACGGCGGCCCCGCGCACCUGGACGUGGGUCGGUGUGCGGACAGCCCGUGCCCGGGGCCUGCGGGCGCGGGGUGCGGGGCUGCGAGCUCCCGCUGCUGCUCCGUGAGCCGCCUGGAGGCCCGGCGGGUGAGGUGCGCGGGCUUCGAGCUGCCGGUGCAGGUGGUGGCGCGGUGCGGGUGCCGCGCGUGCCCGGCGCCGCGCGGCCUGGUGCGCGGCCGCGUGCUGGCGGCGGACUCGGGGGAGCCGCUGCGCUUCGCCCGCAUCCUGGUGGGCCGCGAACCCGCGGGCUUCACCUCGGCCCACGGCGCCUUCACGCUGGAGGCGCCGGCCUCCACCGAGCGGCUGGUCGUGACCUUCGUGGACGCGGGCGGCGAGUUCGUGGACGCGGUGCGCGUGCUGCCGUUCGACGCGCGCGGCGCGGGCGUGUACCACGAGGUGCGGGCGCUGCGCCGGGCGCCCGCGGUGCUGCUGGACGCGCGCCGGGGCCACCGCCUGGCGCUGGGCGGGCAGCAGGGCCGCGCGCCGCUCGGGGAGCUGGUGCUGCCGCCCGGCGCCUUCCGCCGCGCCGACGGCCGGCCGUACGCGGGGCCCGUGGAGGCCCGCGUCACGCUCGUGGACCCGCGCGACCUGGCGUCGGCGGCCGCGGCGCCCAGCGACCUGCGCUUCGUGGACGCCGACGGCGAGCUGGCGCCGCUGCGCACCUACGGCAUGUUCGCCGUGGACCUGCGCGCGCCCGGCGCGGCCGAGCAGCUGCACGCGGGGCCCGCGGCCGUGCGGCUGGCGGCGGAGCACGUGCGCAUGGCGGGGCACGCGGAGGCGCUGCGGCUGUGGUCGCUGGAGCCCGCGACGGGGCUGUGGGAGGAGGAGCCCGGGGCGGGGCGGGGCGGCGGCGCGGGCGCGCGGCGGCGCCGGCGCGAGGAGCGCGCCUUCCUGGUGGGCCACGUGCAGCUGCGCGAGCGGCGCCUCUUCAACCUGGACGUGCCCGAGCGCCGCCGCUGCUUCGUCAAGGUGCGCGCCUACGCCACCGACAAGUUCGCGCCGGGCGAGCAGGUGCGGGGCGUGGUGGUCACGCUGGUCAACCUGGAGCCCGCGCCGGGCUUUUCCGCCAACCCGCGCGCCUGGGGCCGCUUCGACAGCGCCGUCACCGGGCCCGACGGCGCCUGCCUGCCCGCCUUCUGCGACGCCGAGCGGCCCGACGCCUACACGGCGCUGGUCACCGCCUCGCUGGGCGGCGAGGAGCUGGAGCCCGCGCCCUCGCGCCCGGGCCCGCGGCCCGACGUGGUGGGCGUCCCCGAGCCCUACCUGGGCCGCCUGGGCUACCGCCGCACCGACCACGACGACCCCGCCGCCAAGCACAACGGCUUCCGCGUGAACCUGGCGCGGCCGCGGCCCGGGGAGCCCGGCGAGGCGCGCGGCCCGCUGUACCCGUGGCGCGCGCUGCGCCAGUGCCAGGAGGCGCCGGUCACGGACGCGCACUUCCGCUUCGCGCGCGUGGAGGCCGACCGCUUCGAGUUCGACGUGGUGCCGUUCCGUGAGGAUGCGCCCGCCUCGUGGACGCGCCACCGCCUGGCCUGGUGGCCCAACCCGCAGGAGUUCCGCGCCUGCUUCCUCAAGGUGCGCCUGCGCGGCCCGCAGGAGUACGUGGUGCGCGCGCACAGCGCGGGCGGCACGCACCCGGACACGCGCGGCCGCCUCUACGGCCUGCGCGACGCCCGCAGCGUGCGCGACCCCGGCCGGCCCGGCGUGUCGGCCGCCUGCCUGGAGUUCAAGUGCGGCGGCAUGCUGGUGGACCGGCGGCGGCCCGACCGCACGCGCGUCACCGUCACGCCGCAGGGCAGCUGCCGCCGCGUGGCCGUCAACGCGCUCCUGCGCGACUACCUGGGCCGCCACGCGCCGCCCGCCGCCGCGGAGCCCGACGACGACCCCGCCGCCUUCGCCAUGCUGGCGCCGCUCGACCCGCUCGGCCACAACUACGGCGUCUACACCGUCACCGACCAGAGCCCGCGGCUCGCCAAGGAGAUCGCCAUCGGCCGCUGCUUCGACGGCUCCUCCGACGGCUUCUCCCGGGAGAUGCGGGCCGACGCGGGCGUCGCCGUCACCUUCCAGUGUCUGGAGCCGCCCGCCAGGCCCAGCCUCUUCCAGCGGCUGCUCGAGGCCCCGGCCUCGGCGCUCGCCGACAUCCGCCGCGACGUGGGGGCGGCGGCCCGGGCGCCUCCGCUGCCCGCGGGGUCCCCCCCGAGCCGCGGGGACCAGUGA